AGUUCUAUCCUGAACCGAUGGCAGCGACUCAAAGCCCUUGGCCAGCUUUUCGCAUCGAGAUGGAAAGCUGAAUACCUGAAAGAGUUCCAUAAGAGGACCAAAUGGCAAAUUCCAACCAGGAAUAUGUCCGAAGGCGACAUGUCGUUCUUUUCUCUCAGCUUCUCUCAUCCAUGCCGUCCCAGCCAGCCAUGCCGUCCCAUCGCAACCAACGUCGCCAGCUCAUCGACAGAUGUUCUCGAGGAACUCGAUCGUUCCGAUGCCGAGUCUGUCAGGGGAUUCAUCCGCUUCGGACGUGUUCGCGGUUUCUCCGGCUAGAUGCAGAGCGGCGGCUCCGUGCGGUUCUCAUCAACAAAUAUUGCCCGAACUGCUUGGCGCACCAGCAUUCCGGAGGCUCGUGUCGAAGUGAGUGUCGCUGCCGAGUAUGUGGGGACGCUCAUCACACCCUGCUGCAUCUCCAUCGGCGGGAAAAGCGAGAGCGGUCUGCCAGCGCGGACAGGCCCAUCGAGACGCCAGAGCCGAAGGCCAACAUCGAGCAACCCCGCCUCUCGGCAGUGCUCUCCCACACUGCAACGGCUAUCCUGACCACCGUCAAUCUGCGGUUCGACAUCGGGGACAAACGCUUCGAUGUGCGGGCUAUGGUAGAUGCGUGCUCUACUUUGAGCCGCAUUGACGGAUCACUAGCCGAGGCCAUGGCCCUCCCUAUCCUGGGAGUCGGUGAUGAGAGGGUGUGCAGAGCCACUCUCAUACCGAUGCAUACAGAGACGCCACGGAUUGAGGUGGUGUUCCACGUCGAGGAGCAGCUGCGAAUGCGGACUCCUGCCCGAGAGCUGCCUGACGCUGCCAAAACAGUGUUCACCAACCUCAUCCUGUCGGACCCCAGUUUCCACAGGCCGGCUGGUACCUCCGUCGUGCUAGGUGUGGAUGUGUUUCCCACGCUUAUCCAACCGGGUGUCAUGCACAGCCAGAACGGGCACAUCGUAGCACAGAGCACUGUUUUAGGAUGGAUGCUCUCCGGAACAUACGCCCACUGACGCAUCACAGAUUCUUUUGCAAUCUGUGGCAUUGCAAGGCGGGCGGGAUGUUUACUCCAGCUCCCGUGUGCCAGUUCCACGCGUCCCUAAAUGGAGAAGGGAAUCCACCCACUCUCUUUUGAAAAAGGGAGUAUUCUUCCAUUAGGGACCGCUGGCCACACCCUUUCUUUUUUUGCUUACUCACUUACUUACUUUCAUUUCUACAAGUCACGAAGACACAAAAUUUGGAGCAACCUGUUUAUAUUUGUACAUAUAUACAUCAAAGUGAAUAAAGACUACCCUUUGGAGAACCAGAAA